UUCAAAAUUACGCUGAGAAUUUGUCAGAAUGGGUCGAUGAACUCAACUUGUAGCUGCCUACUCUAGUUAGCUAUUUAAAUAUCCUCUAGCUGUCUAUUAUGGAAUCGGGGUAGUCAGUUGAGCGAGUCAGUGGAUGUUAGCUCUAGCUACACAGUCAGUUUGAAUACAAAGGUCGCUACAGCUAAUUUCAGUAAAUGGCCAUGGUGCUUGCUAAUGCUGCUAUCUAGCCAUGCUCCAACAACAGGGGUGACACGUUACUAACGUUAGCCACCCUACAAUUAACUCUUUUUUUGCUAUAGAGGUCAACAGAGCUGAGGUCAACGUUGUUAUAUAGCAAUAAGGAACAAACACUCUGCAGGCAGAACUACUCCAGGAACAAGAUGAUGAAAAACUGGGCAGUCAUUGGCGGUAUAGCGGCUACUGUAGCGGCGGGAGUUUAUGUGCUGUGGGGUCCCAUUACAGAGAGGAAGAAGCGAAAGAAAGGCAUGGUGCCAGGUCUGCUGAAUCUGGGCAACACCUGCUUUAUGAACUCCCUGAUCCAGGGCUUGGCAGCGUGCCCCUCCUUCAUCACAUGGCUGGAGGAGUUUUCGGGCCAGAGGGACGUGAAUCGCAGCCAUACUGAGCAGGAGAGGGACCCAAAACUGUCCAGUACCCUCUUGCAGCUGCUCAGGGCUCUGUCCAGCCAGGACCCUGGAGAGGAUGAUGUCCUUGACGCGGGGUGUCUCCUUGAGGUUCUGCGGCUCCACAGAUGGCAGAUAAGCUCCUUUGAGGAGCAGGACGCCCACGAGCUCUUCCACGUCCUCACGUCAGCCCUAGAAGAGGAGCGGGAUCGCAUGCCCAGGGUGACCCAUCUGUUCGACAUGCAGUCCCUCGAGAGUCCCCCAGGGUUCAGUGAGAGGAACUUGAGCUGUCGAAGUCGAGGCCCUCUUUACCCUAUAACCGGUCCGUGGAAGUCCCAGCAUCCUUUCCACGGGCGACUGACGAGCAACAUGAUAUGCAAACGCUGUGAACAGCAGAGUCCUGUGCGCUACGAUUCUUUUGAGAGUCUUUCACUAUCCAUCCCCGCGGCGCCUUGGGGUCGGCCUGUUACUCUGGACCACUGUCUCCAGCAUUUCAUCUCGUCUGAGACCAUCAAGGAGGUGGAGUGUGAGAACUGUACAAAGAUCCAGGCCGGGGGCGUGUUGAAUGGGCAGGUCAUGGAAAACCAGAGGACCACCUUCAUUAAACAGCUUAAACUGGGAAAGCUUCCCCAGUGUCUGUGUAUACACCUACAGAGACUGACAUGGUCCAGCGAAGGCACCCCCAUUAAGAGACAGGAGCACGUGCAGUUCACGGAGUACCUGUCGCUGGACUUCUACAAGCACCGUGUCCCCAGUCGGGGUUCCCAGGAGCUCAGCUGGGUCCCCAAACCUGUUCGACCGGAUGCAAAGGCUGAGCCUCAGGAGAAGACCCCUCCCAAUGGCACAGACACAGAACACUGCAACAACAACAAGCCACUGUCAAACGGUGCCUGCCCCUCGGUCCUUUUCCACUCUCCGGCGCUGAGCCCUCAGGUGUCCUCAGCCUACGAUUACAGUUCCACCGCCUAUCUGUUCCGGCUGACCGCCGUCCUGGUGCACCACGGCGACAUGCACUCCGGACACUUCGUCACAUACCGCCGCAGCCCGCCCCUGCCCCGGGGCCCCUCGCCCUUCAGCGCCCAGUGGCUGUGGGUGUCGGACGACUCGGUGCGCAGGGCCAGCCUGCAGGAGGCGCUGUCCUCCAACGCCUACCUGCUGUUCUACGAGAGGGUGCGGCGGCCCGGCUUCAGGCCGGAGGAGUGAGGGCGCGGCUGACGAGGGUACUCCCGAGCGUACACACCGCGCGAACUGUCCUGGAGACUCCUCCCUCACCGAUAAUCCUCCUGUCAUAUCUUGCCCCUCUAGCGGGUUUCCAUUGACCUCGAAAGAGGGGGCGGGGGCAAGAGGUAUAUUUCCUUUUAAGGCCCACUGACUUGACCUCCCUCAGUUCCUCCUGUCACUCACUCAUCCUUUCUUCCCCAUUGACCAUGAGAGAGUGAGAGAAUGAGAGAGAGAGACACUGUCAGUGACUGUGAUGAAAGGGGUCAUGGUUCAAAGGUCAGAUAAGGCUGUCUAAAGAGUAGCAUAAGGUAUCGGGGAGCAGAGUGGUGGAAUCCACAGAAGCCAGCAAGUAGCCAGAACGUGGUCCUGAUGGGUGCCCAUCAUCAAGAGACCCCACCACGGAAGAAGAGACUGUGUUGUACGUUGCUUGGAUGCACCUCUUCAUUCUUCGAGCUCGAGGACUCCAAAAAUAAUCGAAUGAUAACAUGGAUCACGUGAGCGGAACAAAUGUACCUCCUCCUUGUCUGAGAGAGAAAGUUCUUCAUUGAGUGUGUGUUUUUCUGUUGUGAUUCCUGUCUUAUGCAUAAAAUACUUUAUUUAUGCUCCAAUGGCAAGGGGUCAUUGUUGCUUCAUGUGCAGUACUAUAUUAAAAGGUCUCUGAAUUAUGGUUAAUUUUUUUUGGACAAUUAGCUAUCAAAUGUCAUCAGUUUCAUUUUGGAAGAUUAAUCAACAUAUUUAUAAAUGAUCUGAAUUGAUUUCUACAUUUGUUUUGGUGGUAUCAAUUUUUCUCAAAAGUGCAGGAUGUGCUUCCCUGCUAAAUCAGUCAAUUGGUUGCAAAUGAGAAGUGUUUUUUGCCCCCCACACAGAUGAGUCUCUGCUGAUAUUAGCAAUAAUGCUUGGUGUAGUUACACAGGGGCCUCCUGCUGUGAUUGUAUCCGAAAAUGAGGCUCUGCCCGGUGAACAAGUAUUGUAAUUCCUCCAUGAUUGUUGUUUAUUCUGCAUAGAAAUCCUUAUGUACUGCCUGUGUUACAGUAUGUGAGAUCAUCACUACAUUUUUAUUGUCCAAAAAUACUUUUAUUUCAUUAUUUAAAGAGAAUGUGAUUGGAUCCAAAAUACCUAGUCUGACCAGUAUGAAGGCAGUACUGGAUCAAACCCCGUUCUUUCAGUCCCUGCUGAUUGAAGUGUCGUCAAAUCUGCCAAAUAGUGUGAAGUUUCUGUAACACCGAAUGGAAAUCAGGUUCCUGUUGUUUUCCCCCUGGUAUUUAACAUACUAAUGAAUGUAGAAAUACUGCCCACUGUUUCCAUCCUUUCAGUGUUAUAAAUGAAGAAAAUUCCCCUGCAUAUAACUGUCUAGCAAGCUAAUUGCACUACUGUGUUUUUAAUACAUAUAUAUUUUGUGUGAUCUGUCAUGGUGGCAGAUGUAUUUUGACUGUUUUCAUAGAUUUCAAUGAUGAAAAAUAAAGUUAAUAAUAAAACUUGUAA